AUGUUGGAUCCAAUUGAUACUAUCGACAUGAAGUCGUGUCGUAUAUGCUUAACUAACAAAAAACCACUCUGUCCUCUAUUCAGAUACAAGUUGUCUGGUAAUUAUGCUGAAAUGCUUACAGCUAUUGCCGAUGUUAAGGUAUUUUCCAAUGAUGGUUUGCCAGAAAAGAUAUGCCUCAAAUGCUGCACUACUUUGGAAAAGGCUUAUUUACUUAAAACUGUGGCUGAAAGGUCGGAUAAGAAGCUCAGAAAAAUAUUAGCAAAAGAAAAAGAGAACAUACCUACAAAGAAAAUUGCAUUUGAUUCUUUCACUGACAUCAAAAGUGAGAUUGGUCCUUUGAAUGUGAAAUCUGAACCAUCAUGGGAAAUGGAUAUUGAAGUGCCGGAGGGAUCCAAACCAGUGGAGACUAUGGAUGGUAAAGAUAUUGUUAUUGCAAACACAAUAAUAAGAAAAGUUGAUCCUAAUGCUGAGGAAGAACCCAAAGUUAAUGAUUCAGAAGAGGUGCAAUUGACUUGGAGAUCAACAAAGACUGAUGAUGUAAAAAAUGAUCUAGAGGUUGAAUAUUUAGAUGACGACGUAUUUCAAGAUGAUGAUGAUGAUGACUAUGUCCCUCCAGUGGAGAAGCCAAAAACUAAGUUCAAAAAACCUAAACUGUCAGAUAUUAAAGUUUUUAAAGGAAAAGCUCUUGUCAGAAAAGUAAAAGUUGUUAAAAAACUCAAAGAUGACUAUUCUGUUGAUUCCGGUAGAUCUAGAGAUGAAAAUAAAUCAAAAUCUACAACUAUAACUUGCUAUCCAAUUCUGAAGAAUGGCUCGCGAGGCGCACCAAUAUUAUUAAAAAGACCAAAGGAUGCUACACUAUUAAAAGUUCACUCUGGGUAUAAAUCAAAAAUGUCUAGUUCAUCUGAUCCCAAUAAAACAGGACGUCGAGAUAAACCUGUCAGAAUUGUCAGAUCAGCAGGGUCGAAACAAAGAGAAAAGCUUGUAUGUCCAGUAUGUGGUAUACUCACUUAUACUCUUGGAAACCACAUAGCAACUCAUCAAGAGAAAAAGAGGUAUACCUGCGCUCAGUGCCCGAGGUCUUUUGCACAGAAAAGUAAUUUGUUAGUACAUGCUAAACAACACACUGGAAUUAAAGACCACAUUUGUGAAAUAUGUGGUGCUGGGUUUUACAGCCAGAAAUCCUUGGUUAGACACAAUUUAAUUCACAAAGGAGAGAGACCAUUUUCAUGCAAUCUUUGUACUAAGAGAUUUAUUGCCCGUUGUGAUCUGAAUCGGCACCUGCGCAUACAUUCGGGUUACAAACCGUUCAAAUGUAACACUUGCACAAUGUCCUUCAACGCGAAACAUCAGUUGCAAAACCACGAGCGAAUGCACACCGGGGAGCGGCCAUACACAUGCCAGAACCAUAUGUUAACCCACACUGGUGCUAGGCCGUAUACUUGCGAGGUAUGCAAUGUCGCAUUCAGCUACAAAGUGAACCUUAAUAACCAUGUUUACAAAGUUCAUGGCAUCAACUUAAAGUUUAAAUCUAUUCAUACUGUCACCGAGGAAGUAUUACGGCGAGAGAUGGGCAUGGCCAAUGAAACAAGGGUUGCGAUAUCACAUAUUAUACCGCAAAUGGGAGAAGUUCCAACGCCGGCCGCCCAUGAAACUGUACUAUCAUUAUCGUGA